AUGGCUUGGCCAAAUCCUUUCCGCCGAAAUGAUGAAAAUACUCGCAACGCUUGGGGGUACACCUUUCAAUGGACUCCUGAGCAUCUUACAGAAGAACAAAUGCAUCCCAUGAAGUUUUCAUAUGAUGUACUGGCUGGAGAAUGUUUAACUCGUCUAGAUAACAUAUCGCCACCCACGUCUGGAGAAUUACCAAGAAAUCAAAGCAUCCUUCCGGAUCAAAAGGAAGGCAAGGAGAAACCCAAAAGAGACUUGUACGCUUUGUUGAGAGAUCAUUUUUCUGAGGAUGAAAAAUUGGGAGAAUUAUGGAAAGAGGUUAACACAAUACCGGAUUGGGUUCUUGCAUAUCAAUCGUUGCUAGGGGGAAUGGGUGCAGCUAGAGUUACAGAGGUUCUAGCUAGGACUGGAGGCUUUUCUACAAAGUCAGCGAGAAGAAGAAUGUUUGAAACAACUCAGCACAUUCUCCAGGUAACGGAAUCCAUUGAAGCCAUCAAACCCGGUGGUGCCGGCCACAUAUCCUCUAUAAAAGUCCGCCUCCUCCACGCCGCUGUCCGUCGCCGGAUUCUUGCCCUAGCCAAAGAAAAACCCUCCUAUUAUUCCAUAGAAGAAUAUGGUAUCCCAAUCAAUGAUCUCGACAGUAUAGCAACCAUCGGCACCUUCUCCACAACCCUGAUAUGGCUCUCCUUUCCUCGCCAAGGGAUUUUCCUCCGCUCCCAAGAAAUAACCGACUACAUCGCUCUCUGGCGUCUCGUCGCUCACUACCUCGGCACCCCAACAACUUAUUUCUCCUCUCCCACCUCCGCAAAAAAUAUCAUGGAAUCUAUCCUCCUAACCGAAAUAUCACCCUCCCCAACCUCUGUAAUCCUCGCUAACAACAUAAUCCUAUCCCUCCAAAACCAACCUCCUGCCUACCCCUCCCGCUCCCUCCUAGAAGCCAACGCCCGCUGGCUAAACGGCACCGAACUAUCCAACGCCCUCGGACUCGGCAACCCAUCUCUUUACUACUGGUCACUCGUAGCAGGCCAAUGCAUCCUAUACAUAACAAUAAGUUACGUCUAUAGAAGCAUCGACUACCUCGAUCGCAAACAGAUCAAAUUCCUAAGAAGAGUCUUGCCAAUGGUGAUACAUAGUCCAACGAUUGGAUUAGCAACCCAAACGGAUUUCGCGCUGCAGUAUGUUCCGGAAUUCGACACGAAGACGGAACUUGGGGAGUAUGUGGUGGGCAUAAAGCAGAGUGGUGGUGUUGAGAGGAGGUAUUUGAAGGCUUUGAUUUGGGCGCUGGCGGGGAUGGGAAUCGGUGGUUGGCUUGUUUGGAAAGGGGUGGGGGGUGUUGUGAGGGGUUUAUUGGCUGUGGGGAGGCGUGUGGUUUGGUUGUGGGGAUGA